AUGAAGGAGGUGUCGAAGGGAACCUUGGCUAAGAAGGUGGGAGAGGAGACAAAGAAAACCAUGGUUGAGAUGGUGGGGAACAAAAUGAAGAAGGAGGAGACGCAAGUGGAUGCCAAGAAUCCGCAGAAGGUGGAUAUCAAUUUCUCAUCAGCAGAGGGCAAGGUGGGGGAAGAUAUGAUGAAGGAGGGGACAAAGGUGGAUAUUGAUUUCUCAUUGGCGAAGGACACAAUGGCGGAGAAGAUGGAGUGGAGGCAGGAUUGGAGUUACGGGGUGAAUGAUUACCAGAGUGUUCCCCCUCCGCCGAAUUAUUUGUAUCCACAUUCGCCCCCUCCUCCUUUAUCUCUUAAUCCACCUUCUCUAUCACCAUGCCCUUCGCCGAGGAGAUAUCAAUAUCGACCUUCGCCCCAUCCUUCUUUGUCUAUUCCCCCAUUGUGCCCUCCGUCGAUGAGAAAUCGAUAUCCACCUCCACCAUCUGUGGAUUCUUGGUAUCCACUUGCGUCCCCUCCUCUUUCAUCUCUUCCCCCACCAUCUCAACCAUGGUUCUCUCUGCCUCCUCCCCCAUCUUCUCAGCCAAGUCCUAGUGAAAAGAAAAGGCCAGAAUCUGGUUGGCGUGAGUCCUUGCAUGAUUCUUUUUAUCCAUCUCCGCUUCUUGCGGAUUCUUUGUAUCCAUCUCCGACCUCUCCUUCUUCAUCUAUUCCCCUACUGUCUCCGCCACUAGUCUUUUCACCGAUGAGAAAUUGUUAUCCAUUUCUAGGAUCAAAGAGUGGGCAGAAACCAUCAGUUUCUGAUUCUCCUACACUGAAAAAUCACAAGAAUCUUAAGUUAGAAUGA